AUGAUCUUUCGUUCUAAACCGGCUACGAUGGAUCUUGUCAGAAAGCAAAUAGACGCGAUAAUACGUUUUCUCGAGCCAAACAUCUCAUUCAUCAAUUGCCACAUGGUGGAUUAUCUCACCGAACAACACUGGAGGUCUUACGUUCCUAAAGCAAUACAAUCGGAGCUAACAACAAUUGACGACUUAACGCAAACAAAAGAAGUGUUUUGGAGCCAAUUUGACACUUCUUUUGAUAAGCAUACCCGUUUUCCAGCAGUUAAAGAAUUCAUCGAGGAUGCUCGUCGAUAUAGGCUUGGAGGAAGUGAAGUUAUUGGUACGGCUUUUUCCCUACAUGAGUUUAAAGAUGCUUUAUCGAACUUUAAAGAAACACGCCUUAAGAUGCAUGAGCUGAUGAAUGCAAAAAAAUGCCACGAGGUCGAGGUAGCAGCCGCCGUUGUAGCCUCGCUCUGCACUGCCAUGGCCUCUAUGACACCGGACGUUAAGCUGCAAGAUAUUGUAGUUAUUGAUGCAGGAGAUGGCAAGGGAUACCUCUCGUCGAGAAUUGCCUUGGAGCAUGGAGUGAAAGUACUGGGUGUGGAUUGUAAUGAAGCCAAUACAAAAAAUGCGGAAAUACGUCGAGAGCGUUUGAAGAACAAAAUUCCGAAAGCUGUGCAAAAAUCCAAUCUCGAGAAGGACGAAUAUUUUUCAGCGGUAGUUAAGGAUGGUGCCUUAGACCAACUUUAUAAAACUACCACCAAGCUUAUCGACUUCCAAACCGACUUAAUUGAGCUGGCUGGGGAAUUUUUUCCUCAGGGCAAACACAACACAUUCUGUUUGUGCGGUUUACAUACUUGCGGUAACUUAGCCCCGAAUUGUCUGCGGCUCUUCGACCAAAAUCCAACCAUUAAGGGUAUUUGCAAUAUUGGCUGCUGCUACCAUUUGAUGUUGGAAGAGUUUAUCGUUGACGAAUUUUACAAUUCCGAAAAAUUUGCCGAAAACCCUGGUUAUGGCUUUCCAAUGAGCUCUUAUCUGCGCGAACGACGCUUUGCACUUGGGCGCAACGCUCGUAACUUGGCUGCUGAAUCGAUUGAACGAGCGUGUAUAAAUCGUGAGAAUCCUAGCGACAAGCUAGGCUACCGUGCAUUGUUGCAGGUUGUAUUUCAGGAGUAUGGUGAAAAGAAAUCUCAUCCUGUCGGACGGAUAAAGAGUUGUGGGUUUUUAGAUUAUGUACGCAAAUCCAUCACUCGGUUGAAACUUAGUGACAAAAUUACGAUAACAGACGAGUAUCUGCACGAACUAGAAAAGCAAUUUACAGGGGAACUAGAACAGCUGAAGGUGUUUUAUUUGAUACGUCAGCAAUUUGCUCCCGUAAUUGAAACACUGAUCUUACUUGAUCGUUUGCUGUAUCUGUUAGAAUGUGGAUACAAACAUAGUUUUCUUGUGAAAUUGUUCGAACCAGUUGUUUCUCCUCGCUGCUAUGCAUUGAUAGCGCUAAAAUAG